AGAGGUGCUGACGUUUGCGCCGCGCACGACUAUGUCCGCCAUGUUAGUAUCUGACGCAGGCGCCAUUACAGGAGAAGUCUCUCUCGAGGCGGCUAUGUCCACUUAAGUUGUCAGUCCGAAACCAGUGUUUGGGAGGUUUAAAGAGCUUGCUGUAGCGACCAAGCGCCUGCAACGAAAGGCUUGAAGAAAGGUAGCAAGAAGGGCAUAAUGGUGUUUGAUACAGAGCCUCCAAGCGUUUGCAGGUUUCAUUUUCCUCUCGAUUUCUGCUUAGCACACAGAGCAAUGGCAGCCCGAGUACUUAUAAUUGGCAAUGGAGGAAGAGAACAUGCACUGGCCUGGAAACUUGCACAGUCUCAUCAUGUCAAACAACUGUUGGUUGCCCCAGGAAAUGCAGGCACUGCCUCCUCUGAAAAGAUUUCAAAUACUGCCAUCUCGAUCAGUAACCACACUGCUCUUGCUCAAUUCUGCAAAGAUGAGAAAAUUGAAUUUGUAGUUGUUGGACCAGAGGCACCUUUGGCUGCCGGAAUUGUUGGGAACCUGACAUCUGCGGGAGUACGAUGCUUUGGCCCCACAGCAGAAGCUGCUCAGUUAGAGUCUAGCAAAAGAUUUGCUAAAGAAUUUAUGGACCGACAUGGAAUCCCAACAGCACAAUGGAAAGCUUUCACCAAACCUGAAGAAGCCUGCAACUUCAUUAUGAAUGCGGACUUCCCUGCUUUGGUUGUGAAGGCCAGUGGUCUUGCUGCUGGGAAAGGGGUAACUGUUGCAAAGAGCAAAGAAGAGGCCUGCACAGCUGUGCAGGAGAUUAUGCAGGAGAAAGCCUUUGGAGCAGCUGGAGAAACAAUUGUCAUUGAAGAACUUCUUGAAGGAGAAGAAGUAUCUUGUCUGUGUUUCACAGAUGGGAAGACUGUGGCCCCCAUGCCCCCAGCACAGGACCAUAAACGAUUACUGGAGGGAGAUGGCGGCCCCAACACAGGAGGAAUGGGAGCAUAUUGCCCAGCACCUCAGGUUUCUAAGGGUUUAUUACUAAAAAUUAAAAAUGAUAUUCUUCAGAGGACAGUAGAUGGUAUGCAGCAGGAGGGUACUCCAUACACAGGGGUUCUCUAUGCUGGUAUAAUGCUGACCAAGGAUGGCCCAAAAGUUUUGGAGUUUAAUUGCCGUUUUGGGGAUCCAGAGUGCCAAGUAAUUCUCCCACUUCUUAAAAGUGAUCUUUAUGAGGUGAUUCAGUCUACUUUAGAUGGCCUGCUUUGCUCCUCUCUGCCUGUUUGGCUAGAAAACUACACUGCCCUAACUGUCGUCAUGGCAAGUAAAGGUUAUCCUGGAGACUACACCAAGGGCGUGGAGAUAACAGGAUUUCCUGAGGCUAAAGCUUUAGGACUGGAGGUGUUCCAUGCAGGCACUGCUCUCAAAGAUGGCAAAGUAGUAACCAGUGGAGGUAGAGUCCUUGCAGUCACAGCCAUCCGGGAAAACCUCAUCUCAGCCCUUGAAGAAGCCAAGAAAGGACUAGCUACUAUAAAUUUUGAGGGAGCAGUUUAUAGAAAGGAUAUUGGAUUUCGUGCCAUAGCUUUCCUCCAGCAGCCCAGGUAAAAUCUCUUACUGAGGUAAAGUACAGUUUCAGAAUUGGCCUAAAUGGCUUUGUAGAAAAAUUUGCUAACCUAUACUAGUCAUUCUGUAUUCUUUUUUCUCUAUGGGACUGAUCUGAUCUUGGAUUGUAUUUCAUGUAAUUCAAAAACUGGUUCACAUGAAAGCAGUAUUCAAAUUAAAUGGAAAAAAAAAACUUAAUGAUAGUUUCUUAUGUUUGAAAAGUUUAGCAACAUCAUAGUGAUAUUUGGGUUGUCAAAGUUAAAUAUGAUUGUAUUUGAGUCAUAGUUUGUUUUUGAGUUGUCAAAGUUAAAUAUGGUUGUAUUUGAGUCAUAGUUUCUGUGGUUUUUGUUGUUGUUGUUGUUUGUGUCAGAAUCUCACUCUGU